CAAUAUAAUUGGCAAUUUAUAUAAAAAAUAUCCCUUUGAAAAUUACAUCACAAGAACUUCUGAAACGCCUACGAUGGGUGAAGUGAAGCUCCAUGGCAGCUGGUCGAGUCCUUCCACUUACGGAGUCAUAUGGGCUCUGUCCCUCAAAGGCAUACCCUACGAAUUUGUUGAACGAGAUCUCACCAACAAAACUCCUUUGCUCCUCCACGAGAAGGUCCCGAUGCUCGUCCAUGGCGGAAAACCGAUUUUCGAGUCCGAUGUUAUCCUUGAAUACAUUGACGAGACAUGGAUGCAAAAUCCCCUACUCCCCACCCAUCCACUCGACAGAGGUGCUGCUCGAUCUUGGAUUCGAUUUAUUCAAAAUAAGAGGUCGGUAGUGUGGAAAAUGUUAUGUUAUGAAGGGGAAGAACAGAAGAAGGCAAAGCGAGAGAUCUUAGAGAUGCUGCAAAUCUUAGAAGAGCAAGGAAUCGGCGAGGGGAAGUUCUUCAAUGGUGAAAAAAUCGGGAUCGUGGAUUUGGCGUAUGGAGUGUUGGUAGAGUGGUUGGGAGUGAUAGAAGACGUGACCAGCGAGAAAGUAAUGGAAGCCAAUUCGUUUCCUCAGCUGCAUGCUUGGAGCAUGGCUUUCAUGGAAGCUCCAACGAUUAGAGAGAAUCGUCCCAAUCGAGAGUGGAUGGUGAUGACUUUCAAACAUUUGAGAGAGCAUCUUUUAAAGAAACCUAGGUCGUCGGAGGUGAGUUUAAAGGAUGGCAUUUUGUUUUGUGAGCUCUUCCAAUGUGUGUUAGAUCUCAUUUCUUUGCUUUGUAACUCUCUAUGAAGAUUUUUUAUUUAG